CAUGUGACAGGUCUGUCAUUUUCUGUUACUUGAGAGGAAGAAACAGAAUCCUUAUUUUGGCGGUUGGGUGAUGAUGACACAGCAUGACGCAGCUUUUCCAUGUGUAUCUGCAUAACACAUAACAACACAGAUUACCCAUCACCCAUCUCUUCUUUUGCUUACAAAAUUGGACUGUCUAGUCCAGACAUUUGAUGGGAAAACGACAAACAAAAAUUAAGGGCCGUGGACCUUUUUGUACCCAAUUUCUUCAACCUGCCUUGGAGACGGUCAGGUUGCUUUGACUGGAGUCUUGAGUCUUGAGUCUGGAGUCUGGAAUCUUGAGUCUGGAGUCUGGAGGUAUGUUUUUGACUCGCAGGUGGCAAAAACAGAACAAACGGAAUUCCCAUAUUUAUAUGAUAAAUAAUUACUCUUAUAUUGGGUUAAGGAGUAUGUAGGAGGAGUGGAAUAAUCUUGAGAAUGGGGCUUCUAGAUCUAUUUUUUGUUGCUUCAAUGCCAGUUAUAAGGGUUCUGUUGCUCACUGCACUUGGGUCAUUUCUGGCCUUAGAUCGUAUUGAUAUAUUGGGCGAUGUUGUAAGGAAGCAAUUAAAUACGGUUGUAUUUUUUGUAUUCAAUCCUGCACUGGUGUAUAGCAACCUUGCUAACACAAUUACUCUUGACAGAAUGGUUUUGUUGUGGUUCAUGCCAUUAAAUAUCCUUACUGUUUGUAUCAUUGGCUCCGCUCUUGGAUUGCUGCUUGUGAAGACUACCAGAGCUCCUCAACAUCUCAAGGGCCUCAUAUUGGGUUCCUGUGCUGCGGGAAACAUGGGGAACAUGCCUCUAAUUAUUAUCCCAGCAGUAUGCAGAGAGAAAGGCAGUCCGUUUGGAGCACCUGAUGUUUGCCAUACAUUUGCAAUGGCCUAUGCUUCACUUUCUAUGGCGAUUGGAGCUAUUUGCUUAUGGUCUUAUGUUUACAACAUUGUGCGAGUUUUCUCUAGUAAUGCCAGGGAAGGCAUCAACCUACACAAUUCUCCAAUCAAUAUGAACAGGGAAUCACUUCUUGCAUCAGGAGACUGUUCCAUCUCUGAAGAAUAUCCACAUCAAUUUACACUGCCUCACCCUCUGUCUGAGGAAAACUUGCAGGUGGCUAUCUCUGGAAAGAUGAAACAGCUUUUGAGGAAGUUUUCAAGAAAGAUCAACUUUAAGGAACUGUUGGCACCUUCAACCACUGGAGCGAUUGUUGGCUUUAUCAUUGGAAUGGUUCCUCAUCUUCGGAAGUUAAUCAUUGGUGGUACUGCUCCUCUUCAUGUUGUCCAAGAUUCUGCUUCUUUGCUGGGGGAUGCAGCCAUUCCAAGUAUCAUCCUGAUAAUGGGAGGAAACCUUCUUAAAGGUUUAAAAGGGUCAGGAAUUCAACUAUCAUUCAUUGUUGGAAUUUUAGCUGUUCGGUUUAUAUUCCUCCCUCUAUUGGGGAUUAUCAUUGUUAAAGGUGCACUUCGAUUUGGUCUGGUGCACCCAGAUCCCUUGUUUCAGUUUGUUCUUCUACUUCAAUAUGCAGUUCCACCAGCAAUUAACUUAGGCACAAUUAUCCAGUUGUUUGGAGCGGGUGAGAGUGAAUGUUCUGUUAUCAUGCUGUGGACAUAUGGCUUGGCAUCAGUUUCACUCACACUUUGGUCAACCUUGUUCAUGUGGCUUGUAUCUUGAUUUUCAUUUCUUCACACAAUUUGUCACAUUAAGUCCUUUGACACCAAGAGUACAAUCUUCACUAGAUUUCCUGACCAAAUGUCUAUGCAGAUGACAACAGCUCAUUAACAAAGGCCAAAUAGCAUGCUCCUCCAAAGGCUAAGUAGAAAACAGGGAAUGUAAUCCAACAUAAAGAUGUCAGCUGUGCUUUGUCAAUAUUGUAUUACUAUUUUGCAUUCAGUAAUAUUGGACCUUUUCUUUUCAAAUAAAAAGUCUAUCUGACAAAUGACAACUUAGCUUGAUUA